GAUGGAAGUGGUAAAGGAAAACCCGUUUCCCACAAUAACAUUUCUCGAAGACGGUCUAGAUGCGACCGGGGAUCUGCAGGAGGAAGUGGCACUGAGGCGACAGUACCACAAGUUGAACGACGCCAGGUUGAAAACCGCAUAUGUCCGGGAAAAGAAUUCAGGUAAUCGACCCCUGACCUGUUUUCUUCAUCCAAACUUGACGCCUUGUAGACUACUAGAUCACCUCAGAAAUCGAGGGGUUUCAGACGCCGUCAUUCUAGAGUGGACCAGACGCCUCCAGGCCAUCAGAGAAUCAAGCGACAAAAAGCAGGCUGAUUGCAGCAUUGUCAUCCUGAAGAAUGAUUAAACCUCAUUGACAAAUAAGGACGAUCUAGUACUUUCCGUUCGUUGUUUGUGCCGAAUUGUAUUUGUUGGAUAUGUGUUAAGUAAACAUAUGGUUUUUUUUA